AGUGUUUUCUGUCCUGUUCGUGACGGUGAAAAUAUUAAAAUAAUAAUAAAAAUAAUUUAGUUUUACAAAUCGUUUCGUUUUUACGUUUAAUGAAUAAAAAUCGAAUCAAUAUAUAACGUGUCUACAAAAUAAUCAAGAAAUAAAUCGAGCUAAUCGGGCAAACAAAUUAAAUAAAAAAUAAAUUGCAUUCCAAUUCCAAGCCAAGCAGAAGAAGAAGAAUCAGCAAAAAAAAAGCAAAUUGGAUUGUUAAGAACGCACACAUUCACCUGAAGAAAAAGAGAAAAAACGAAUGUGUUAGGGGGUUAGGGUUUGUGGUGUGAGAGAAAAAGAUAACUAGAGACUUUUGGAUGGUGGGAGAGAGCGACGAGAGUGAACAUUGUGUGGUAGAGAACAAAGUUGAAUUGCGAAAAAAGAAAAAUAAAUCUGAUAAUUUUCUGGUAAAUUAAUAUAAUUUCCAGCAUCAGAAAAUUGCAAAGUGAAGUAGUUUAAGAAAUCAACACAACUUACAUAGUGUAGUGUGUGGUUAAAGAUUUGAAAUCUUGGAUUACGACGACUGGCCAAGUUAAUCCAUUAUAAGAGCAACGAACCUAAAGAAGUUUAAAGAGGAAUCGAAAGGAUUGUAUGUGAGAAGGAUAAACAGAAGACUGAGGUUUAGUUAAUAAACUUACAUUAACGGAAUAACUACAACAAAAAAAUCCUAAGAAAAAAAAUCAAACUAUUAUUUACAUUUAAUUAUCUCAAAACCGCAAUUACAAAAAAGGAGUACAACCCACACACACACACACAACAUUGUCGUUCAACAGACUAAAGAGAACAAUAAAAGAAUAAAUAGAAAAAAGGAACGGAACACACUCGAAACUCUUCUCAAAAAGUAUUUACGAAAAGAAAACCAAAACUGCAACAAAACAACAACCUGCCAAACAUUUUAUUCAUUUGGAAAAACAAUACGAUACGCAAAGCUUUUUUGUUUUCCCCCCUCAUCAAAACAUAGGAAUUCAACAACACAAAGAAAAUCCUAUAGUUUUGUUUUUUUCGAUAAACAAUUCAUAAAUUCGCCACAUUGUAAACAGCGCAGGCUAGCGCUUUGAAUUUAAAUUCUACAUAAAACGAUUGUGGAUUUUCAUAAUUGUUGGUUGUUAGAUAAUAGAGACCAGCAAAGUAUUUAAGAGACACAGAGAAAGAGAGGGCGAGUAGGAAGAGGAGCAAUUGUAGUAAGUCUUGUCAUUUUACAAAGAAGAAAGCAUCCAGCCCCCUACAGCUGCUGCUGCUUGCAUAUUAUAAAGUGUUGAAAAACAAAACGAAAAAAACUCCUAAACUCUGCCCAGAGAGAGAGAGAGACAGGCAAAACAAAUCGCAACAAAGAAAGACGAGUUUUGUUACUCGAAAACACCAAAAGCCAUAAAUAGAGCAUCAGCCCCCAAAACAUCCAUCAGAGGAAGAGUGAGGUGCUUGGUGCACGAGGGGCAAGCUAACGCUAAUGAGGAUCUAUUGGCAGCAUGAGUACACUGGGGGGAAGUAGGGGAGAGCGAAAUGCCAAGCCCAAGUUCUCAGCACUCGAUAUAAAUCGAAUGUACAAAAAUAGUCGUGGUGAAACGACAGAACCUUCAGCACAAAAAAACCAAGUGCCACGUAAACAUGGAAUGCAAAGUUUGGGCAAAGUGCCGUCCGCUCGGCGACCACCAGCUAAUCUACCAUCCUUGAAAGCUGAAACAACAAGUUCGCCAACUAUUGCUAAUAAUAACUCAACAACUGGUCAAGAAGGAGGCGUACAAACACCAACGUCUGGUCCUACCAACCCAUUAAAGAAUACCACAACAACCAAAAGCGGCAGCAAUACCAACAAUAACAUAACAGCAAAUAACAGUAAUAGCCACAGCAGCAAUAACAGUAGCAGCAGCAAUCCUCUUAGCAGUAACAAUAACAGCAACAACAACAGCAGUGUUAGCGGCGUAGGAGGAAACAACAGUAGCACUGUAAUUGGCGGUGUUGGUAUCAAAUUAGUAAAUAACUCAACAUCCCUUGGUAAGAGUGGUGGCGGCGGAAGCGGAGGCGGCGGCGGAGGUAACCAAUCUCAUCACCACCACAAUCAACAAAAACCAAUAACAUGGUCUGCUGUGACGACAGGAAACGACAACCAACGAGGUGGCAAACCGACAGCCACAGUACCACCACUCUACCAGAGUCCACAGUUUCAGCACGAAUUUCCGACAUUAGAUGGCACAGUUGGCGGCGCCGGAAACGGUGGCAAUGUCAAUGCGAAUCGCAGAGGUGGCAACGGCGGAGAACGAGAUCGAGAUCGAGGCGAGAAGGAUCACCAUCAUCAUUCACAGCAUCAUCAUCAACAACAGCAGCAGCAACAUCAUCACCAUCAACAGCAGCACCAUCAUCACUCGAAUUCGAAUCAUCAGAAUUAUCGUCACCAUCACCAGCGUGGUGGUGGAGAGUAUCACCAUGGCGAACGAGGAGAUGGUGGCGGCGGUCGUCAUCAUCACCAACAACGCAACGAUGCAUACAAUUACAGAGAUGGCAACGAAGGAGACGGCGCCAGUCGUGGACUUGGUGGUGGCAAUGGGGAAAUGUCUCGCGAUAUGAACGAAGUGAGUUUAAGGCCUCAAACAAAUGCCGCCGCUUGGUUGGAACAGCAGGAAAAGAAUGCCAAGGGUGCGGCAGCAGAAAGCCAAUCGAACCAUCAGGGCCAGGGCCCCCAGACUGGAGCUGGUAGCAAUUCAAGCGCUGCAGUCCCACUACCAAUUUUGUCAUUAAUGCCGUCUUUUAUGCAGCGCGGUGUCCCUCUGCCAUCCGGUGGAGGUGGUGGUUCAAGUGGUAGUGGUGGCGGCAGUGGCAGUGGCGGCGGCGUAACAUCCAACUCCAGUGGACGCUCACAAACUCCACCCAAUUAUCAAAACGGUCUUACUAAAGAUUCUUCUUCGUCAUCUAUAAAUGUAAGGCCUCAACCUCGCGGAAAUGCACAAGAUUAUCAUCGUUCGAAUUCAUCAACGGGAAAUAGUUUCCGCCAAGCAACCUCUCUUCCCAAACGACCACCUUUACUAAAUACUCCUCCCCCGGCUAACGGCAACAACAAUGGCCAUCGCAAAGAAAAGGAAUACAUCGUUGAACCCGAAGUGGCGCAGAUGCAAAGACCAAUUAUCCGCGAGGAGGAUUUGGAACGGCUAAAUGCUAUCGCUAACGACGACAGCUGGACUAAGCAAGAAGAAAUCGAUUACAAACUCACCUUCUCGGACGAUGAAACUCCCGAAGAGACACCAACACAGGAGCGCGAGAGACCAGUAUUCAACAAAAAUAACAGCGGUAAUCACAAUGAUCAACGCAAGAACUCGAACGCGAGUGGCACAUCGUCUACAACCGGAGCUGGAAAUUGGCAAAGAAAGGACCGUGAUAGCUCUGAAAGAGAAAAAUCAUCGGGUGGAGCAGAGCAUAUUGAAGAUACGCGCCAUCAAAACGGCCACCGUUCUGUUGGCGGAACGGGAAGCAUUACUUUGGAUGCGAGCGUUUAUGAAAGAGUUAAAUUACGCAAGGAAGAAGAAGAGCGCCGUGAUAUGGAAAGAAAAUUGGCAGCUGCAAGGAAAAAGCAAGAACUCGAGAUGAAAAUCAAUAGCAAAAAAUCGGGUGGUGACGGCGGGUUUGAACAAUCACAAGGUAACAGUCUGCAAGGAGUUUCUACAUCGUCUACAACAGGAUCAGUCGAUGAUAAUAACCAACAGACAAGAAGAAGCGGGGGCGGAGGAGGUUAUGAGCGCUCGAAUACUACCGAAAGAGAUCGUGGAAGUGUUGGCAGCGGCAGUCGCGAUGGCGGGCGUGUAGGAUAUGAAUCACGUGACAUGAGAGCGACAGGAGAGUAUUCUCGAAUGGGAAAUAGCGGCAGUGGCAACCAUAGCGCCAUUACGUCAUCAACAAAUGCAGUCAUUAGCAAUUCUGCCACAGUAUCAAGUGCUCCAGCCGGUUCCAAGACAGUUUUCUCGGCCCAUUUUCAAUCGAAUUUGCCUCCCCGUUUCCUGCGUCAGCAACAAAUGGGAGGUGGCUCCAGUGGGCCAGCAACUGUUAAUGUGAGUGUGGGUAGUAGCAGCGGUGUUGCUGCACCAGUUAGCCGCUCAUUGUCAAAUACCGCCGGUUCUGGAUUAGAAAAAUCGUCAUCUUCUUCCUCGAAUUAUGAAAAUUCUCGUUACAUGCAAAAAGGUUCAGGUCCUCAACGAAGUGGUGGGGGAGGAGGUUCACGCGGAGAGUAUCGCGACAGUUACAUGAGGAGUGGUGGUAGUGGCGGAUAUAGGUCACGUAAUGAUAGCGACAGAGAUGACGACAGGUACCACGGACGAGGUGGUGGAGGUGGAAACAGAGAUGAUUAUAGUCGCGGCAUGACAACCGGCCCCAAUCAACUGUCUCGCAGCAUCUCUGACACUUCCCAACGCAAGACGAGCGUUUCUUCGAACGACGAAUCCAUUAAACUAAGCUAUGGGGGAGAUUCAACGAACUUUGGUAGCGGUGUGGUAUCUUCCUGGGCGGAAGAAACUGAAAUUGAACUUAAGAGGCAGAGAGACGAGAGUUUCUCUUCAUCGCAUAGUCAUGAGUCUAUACCGAUUAAAAUUUUACAAAGGCCACAUACACAAAAAAGUGUCUCGGAGGAGGAAGGGCCAUGUCCCCAAUCAAUCCAUCAUCAGAAACAGCACAGAAUUAGCGAGAGCAGUGACCAGCAAUCUUCGGGUUCGUUUGCUCCAACACAAAUCCUCCGACGUUCGGAAUCUAUAGAACACAAUAAAAUGGCUUCAUCAUCUUCAUUGGGCCAUUCGGCAGAUAUACAAAAUACAAAAUUAAAUGAAGGUAAAAAAGAGGAGGAAUUGGAAGAAGAUUUUAAUGCUACAGAUCCCUCAGUGGCGGACUCACAAAAACAUAACGAGUCUCUCAACUCGCUUUCACCUUCCACGACAGCUACCGGCAAUGAGUCCGAUUCUCAUAAACAACAAGAAUCAGAGCAGCGCGGAGGAUCAGUCUCAGCACCCCAACCGCAAAGGGAAAAACGUCCCAGUCCCCGAAGUGGAGGCAGUAGUUCUGGUGGAGGGGGUGGUCGCGAUCGAGAUCGUGAUCGCGAUAUGCGUGUUUCACACAGUCGUAGCUUUGGCGCCAGCGGUAGUUCCUAUCGUGGCAGUCGCGACGGCGGUUGGAAUCAACGCGGAAACAAUUCUAGGGGUGGUCGUUAUCAAAACUCUGAUGAUCACUACAUGGACCACGAGGACGACGAUAUGAUGGAUGAUGGAAGUUAUAACAGUAGCAGGCGUUCUGAACGCAGUCCUAAAGUACCCCGAAAGGACGGUGGUGGACGUGGAAUGGGAAGCGAUCGAAUCGAUCGUGGAGACCGUGGUCAAGGCAGUGGUCGUGGUGGCAAUUCAGAUCGCGAUGAUCGCGGCUUUGCACCCCGAGGAGAGCCUUCGCGACGUGGACGAGGUGGUGGUGGCAAUGUAGGCGACAGAAGCAUAACAUCAUCUACCUAUAGACGCAGUGAUGGUCGUUCUUCAACAAGCGGACAGCGCCAAUAUGGUCGUCAGAGUUACCAAGACGAUCACAAGGAUAUGAAACGCACUUCUGAAUCUUCGGAAACAAACAUUUCGGAUUUGGAUAAAACGAAGCAAAAUCAAAUGGCACUGAGUGCUGGUUUGUCCAAAGUGAAAGAUAAAGAGAUUGAACGCUCUACUACUCAAUCGUCCACUUCAACAUCCUCCUCUAACCAAGCGAAUAAGCAAACUGUCCCAUCCCAACAACAGCAACAAUUGAAAAAGCCCAAUGAAGGCGAAAAGAAAACCUCUUUAUCAACCACACCAUCGAAGCAGCAGCAACAGCAGCCACAUACACGGAAAGAAAGUGUUUCCAGUACGAAAACGGAUGACGAAGUCGUCAGAACAAGCAAUACGAACCUGGAACGCGAAAAGAAAUCGGCUUCCAAGGAGAAAGACAUUCCUAGCUCCGUGGCUGGUGCGGCUAAUUCAAAUUCAGCGUCAACAAGAAGCACAAAUACUGCAGCUGGAAGUUCUGCAACUGUAAGCGCUGGAACGCAACCUAAGAAGCAGCAAGACCUAUCAAUGACAACACUGCCAACAGCUGUUACACAGCAAGGAUCCACCGGUACUACGGUUAAUAAACCACCAGUCCAACCGGCCGGAUUGACACAACAGCACCAACAAUCGACCAUAAACAAAACUCCAUCUUCAUUGGGAGUUCUUAAACCAACAGGAUCUUCAGCGAGCAUUGCCUCCUCAAUCGGCUCGAACACAUCUUCACAACAAAAGUCUGCACAGGAUGUGCAGAAGACCACAGGCAAAUCGGAUACUCAAACCAUCAAUGUUAGUCCCAAUGUGUCUGGGGGUCAAAAAUUAGACAGCGAUAAAAACAAACUGGUAUCCCUGGGUUCACUUAGCAGCGGAGUAGACGGAAAAUCAAACACAGCUGCUCUGUUGAUAGAUGGCGCUCCGGUCAACACCAUUAUAUUCGAAAAUACCCAUUACAAACAGCAGGUACAGGCCGCCCAAAUGAAACGUUCCUCUGAAUCUUUAGUGGUCCCAUCGUCCGUGGUUUCGGGUGUGAACGUUUCUGUAUCCGGUGUUGAUACUCUUACAAAUGCUCUGUCGCAAAUGACGUUUGGUGGAAGUAAUGCAAAGCAAUCGGUUGAUCCAACGACUAAUCAAACGGAAUAUGAGAAAGAAAUGAAACUUGGAUUUUCAUUUGGGGAUGCGACGGAAUCUUAUACAACAGCAACUAAAGGUAUGGCCCCAAGUGCAGGAGAUGCCGAUGUUGUGGUGGUGAAACAAAGUAACGCCACCAAUCAGCUUCAGCAGCAGCAGCAUCAUCAACAACAACAGCAGCAGCAACAGCAACAGCAGCAACAACAGCAACAGCAGCAACAACAGCAAUUGCAACAACUGCAACAGCAACAACAGCCUGCCCCAGGCAAUGUGCAACAACAACAACAACAAACGCCCCAACACCAACAACAGCAACAACAACAAUCUCAACAAGCUCAAAAUGUGAACACUACUAAUGAUCUGAAUAUUAAAAUUGCCAGUGUUAAAAAAGUCUGGGAUAUGGCAGCAGAUGCUCCAACUACAGUACAACAAUUGCAUCUCCAGCAACAACAACAGCAGCAAAUAGAACCCGUCGAUACCAGUGGUCACAUGACGGCAGCAUCAUUUGUGGCUGCUGUUGCAGCCUCACAGCAACAACAGCAUAUGCCACAUUAUGCCGUAACUGCUGUGCACAUGCAGCAACAUCAUGCUCUGUCAUCGCCCGGAGCCGGAGUACCCUCUGCCUUUGGUGCCCAUGCGUCGCCUUUCGAUGCGGCACAGCUGGAACAGCAAUUUGGUCCUGCUGCCGCGGGCAUUGUAGUUGGAGCCAAUGAUGAUAACUCUGUGGUGGGUUAUUCAAGUCCCCAACAACAACAGGUGGCUGCUGUGCAACAACAACAGCAGCAGCAACAGCAGGCAUUAAAGCAUAAUUCGGAUGUGGUAAAGCAACAGCAGCAGCAAGUAUCAGCGGCGGCGAAGCAGAUGCAACAACACCAUACCUCGUCAAUGGGUAUGUCACCACCGCCAAACAUGCAGCAGCAGCAACAACAGCAUCAACAGCAGCAACAACAGCAGCAGCAACAGCAGCAACAAUCGGCAGCUCAACAGCAAAUGCAUGCACCACAGCCUUUCUACCAAGCGUCGCCGCAGUUCCCAGGUAUCCCGAGUCCACCAGCGGCAACAGUAGUCUUUAAUUCAUCGCAGAUGCCUCCACCGCCCUCACAAGGUGGUCUCUAUGCACCAUUCCAUUCGAUCGACCAUUCAAACCGAUCACAAUUUUCAGCUGCCGCCGCUCAUAGUUUUCCCGGACACUAUGGCGCUGCCGCAGCUGCUGCUGGUCCCUUCAAUCCCUAUCCCAUGCAAACACCACCGAAUAUGGGCACAGGUCCAACACCGGAAAUGUAUUCCAACCUAACUUCACAAUUCCGUAUGGGUGGUGGACCUUCGCCGUUCGGUAAUCCAAAUUCCCAACAACUGAACAAUCCCAAUGCAGCGGCAGUAGCUAUCAUCUCCUCGAAUUCCAAUUCAAUGAUGUCGACAGUAGGUUCGGUUAAACCUCCGCCCACAUCUCAACAAUUAGGCACAAUAGGAUCCAAGGGUGCCGGCGGUGGGGGACCAUUUGCUACGGCCCAACAAUAUAUGAACUUAUAUACGGCCGGUCCACCGCAACAUCAGGGUGGUCCGCCAGGACCACCUCCCGGCCAUCAGCUACAAUCGAAUAGUUACUAUUCGAAUCCAGCAGGUGGACCCAGUGGUCCAGCGACGUUUUACGGAGGUCCACCGCCACAAGGCGCUGGUGCGGGAGCUCAAAGUUAUGGCCUAGCAGCAGCUGCUGCCGCCGCCGCAAGUCUAUACGGGCAUACAGGUCAUCAAGGCGGCCCACCAGGCUCCAAUGGUCCACCUGGACCUCCACAGGGCCCUCCCGGUCCUCAAUCACAACACACAAUGAGCAAUUUCAACACACAAUUUAUGAAUUCACAGCUGCUGACGGCGACGGCAAUCAAUCAGUUUCGUGGCGGACAUACACCGCAGCAGGCGGCGGCUUAUAUAAAAUCAAGCCAGCAGCAAGCCCAUAUGCAAGAUUCGAUUGGCCGCCAACUGAAGAGUCCCUUGGGAGCAGAUGGUAGUCUGAAUUUGGUGAAACACGCUCAAUCGCAACCCAGUCCGCCACAUCUGAAGAAUUAUGGAAGCUGGGAUCAAGUAAUGCAACAACAGGCAGCCGUUCAGCAACAAUCUCAACAAGCCGUUCAACAGAGAAUAGCAAGCGGUGGACCCGGAGCUAACAAUCAAAAUAUGAAUCCUAAUAAUCGUGGCGGCGGUGCGGGAGGUGGACCUCCGCCCGGCGCACAAGGUUCACAGCAAGGCCGUUAUCCUACACCGAUACAGAGACCCACAAAUUAUCCGCAACAUCCACAAGGACCACAGAGUCAACAACAACAAGUACAGCAACAACAAGUACAACAACAGCAACAACAAACGCAAAGAGGUCAACAGCCUCAAAAUCUACGACAAGGAGGAGGCGGUAACAAUGGUGGUGGUGGUCCGCAAGGUGGCCCUGGUGGUCCCCAAGGCGGCGCCAAUGUAGGUGGUGCUCCUGGAAACGGAGGUGGCCCUGGUGGUCCCGGUGGCAAUAAUCAAGGGGGUGGCAGCAACAAUAAUCCACAAGCAGCUGGCCAGCCUCAACAAAUGAAUAAACCCUAUUAUGCGAACAAUGCGCCCAAUGCUGGCCCUAAUCGAGCUAAUCACAAUUAAAUACAAGAAAAGAAGCAAAAAUUAUGAAUAAACAAGAAGAACAUAAGUAAGUUUAUCGCUUUUCUUUGUUUUCAUUUUAGCAAAAAUCCCCCAAAAUUGCAAAUUAAUAGAAAAUAAUUCAUAAAAAAAAUGGAAUAAUGCAAAAUGAAACGAUAAAACACAAAACAUUAUUUUCUAUUUAAAAAUAAAAUAUUAAAGAAACACGCAACUUAAGCAAAAAACCAUUCAAAUAUUUAAAAAAAAGUAAAUCAUUUAUAACAUAAAUUAAAAAAAAAUGGAAAAUUAACAAGAGAAAGCAACAAAAGGAGAUACAUUCUUUUGAAGACCAUGAAAAUUGGAUGUCUAGCAAGCAAGCAAGCAACCAAAAACUAACCCAACAAACAACCAACUAUGCCCAAUCUCUAAUGGAUUAUCUAUAACGAGCAAGGACUUCUCGUCCAGUCCUAUAAAAAAGGAACCCCCAGUAAAAACCAAGGACAAAACACACACACACACGUUUGUAACCGGCGAACAGGAUAGAAACACUUAAUGAAACCAACCAACAACAACAAAAAAAAAAACGAAAAAUGAUUUAAAAUUAUUUCUUAAAUCACAUUACUUUAUUAUAAAACAAAAAUUACAAAAACAAAAAGAGUUUAUACAACAAUGACAUGAAAUGAAAAACAAAAACAAAAACAACAAACAAACAAGCAUAGCUAAGAUUAUGUGUUAAUUCUUUUGCAAGAAACAAUUACAACUCUUUAAAUAAAACCUUAAACUGAAAAUCAAAUAAAAUGAAAUGACUAAGCGACUAACAAAUGGUACGCUCGCCCCGCUCACACUUUUUGCAAUAAAAAGCUAAAAGAUUAUGAGUUUAAAGAAAACCCGAAAAACUGACACCCACCAGUGUUGAGGUGUUGAGAAUAUUUAAUUAAAUCACAUUGCAUAACAAACAACAAAAUAUACAUACAGCAUACAUAAAUACAUACUUAUAAUUUUUAUUUUAUUUUUUUUCCAUUUGUAUUUUGUUUUAAUAAUUUUUUAUUAAUUAUAAUUUUAUAUUACUAUAUAUGAAUUUCAAAACAUAAGAAAAUAAACAAGAGAAGAACCCAAAUCUCUAUUCUAUUUAUGAUUAUUAUUACUAUCAUUAUUAUUAAAAACAAAAACAAAAAAAAAAAACAAAUUAUAAAAACGAUUAACAGCAAAUAAACCACAUCAUAUAACGGAAAACAAAACAAAAAACACAGAAAUGAACAUUAUAGAAAUUAUAAAUUAUUAAACUUACAAAUAUAUAUAUUUUUAAUUUUAGCAUACAUUUUUUGUCAUUAUUAUCAUUAUUUUUUAAAUAGUUUAUUAUUAUUACUAUUAUAAAAAAAAACAAACAAACAAAUGCAAAAAACACAUUUAAAACAAAAAUAUUUUUUAUUAAAACAAAAAAAAAACGCAAAACAUAUAAACAAAUGAAAAGAACACAACCAUUAAAAGUAGAAGGUCGAAAACCUAACUGGAAGUGAGAGAAUCAUAUUAUUAUUAACAACAACAACAACAACCAACAGCAACCACAAGAUAAAUAUCUAUUCGAAAUUACAUUAUGAAAUUGCAUACAACAACCAAACUCCUUUCUGUAACAUGAUGUUAAAAAAAACCAUAUGAUGAAAUUAUUGCAAACAUUUUCCAAAUAAAAGUAUAAAGAAAACCAAAACGACACAA